UGGGUCUUGUCGAUCUGACGCUAAAAUCCAUUGUGACCACUUUAUUUCUAACCUAAGUGGACUAUAACUUGAAUUUAUAAACGAUGAAGGACGUAAUUGAUGUAUUGGCUUUGCAAAGUUCGCGACGCGAAAGACGUUUGCCGGAUUAUCGUAGUGCACCAGGCCACAGUUUAGCCACGAACUUCAUAUUUGAAAGUGGUGUAAAACUUGGCCUGCAACCGGCAACUGUAGCUGCUGGCGCUAUAUUUUACCACAGAUUCUUCAAAGAUGCGGAUAAGAACGAUUACGAUUGCUAUGUAAUAUGCACAGCCUGUCUUUGUGCCGCUGGAAAGUCUCGGGAUGAACCGGUUAAACUGCGGGAUGCAGUGAAUGUGGCGUACAACUCUAUCAAUCGUGGUGCUGGGCCUUUGGAGUUAGGUGAAGAAUAUUGGGCGUGGCGUGGCGCAGUUGCACAAGCAGAGUUGCUGGUCCUACGUGUGCUGGGCUUUAAUCUAGAUGCACCAUCGCCUCACAGAUACUUACUGCAUUAUUUGAGGUCUUUGCAGGAGUGGUUCCCGGCUCCGCAGUGGCGCUCUGCGCCAGUGGCCCGCACAGCUAUGGCUUUUCUGCAAGACUUUCAUCACUCCCCAGCAGUACUAGACUACCGAGCACCACACAUUGCAGUAGCAAGCCUGACAUUGGCUUUACAUGUUCUCGGAGUCUCUGUACCUCUGGCAUCUACUCUAGACGAUGAUGCAGCAUGGUAUUCGGUGUUUACAAAAGACUUGCAAAAGGAAAAGAAUUGGGAGAUUAUGGAAAAAAUAAUGCUGGUUUAUAGCAGAGAACCUGAACCACUUUAAAUGUAAUAAUUUAAAUUUAGGCUAAAAUAUAAUAAAGGAAAGAUUGACA